UCCGCGCGCUCGGGGGCGCCCGGCCACUGGCCUCUGCCUAGCCAGCCAGCGGUCAUCGCCGGAGCCGCGCGUCCAGUCCCGAGGCCGACGCAGCCCUCCGGCAUGGCCCCUGCAGCAGCAUCAGGAGGCAGCUCCCUGCCCAGCGGCCUCUCAGUCUUCACCACCUUCCCUGACCUGCUCUUCAUCCUUGAGUUUGUCUUCGGAGGCCUGGUGUGGAUCCUGAUUGCCUCCUCGCUGGUGCCCUUGCCGUUGAUGCAGGGAUGGGUGAUGUUUGUGUCUGUGUUCUGCUUCGUGGCCACCACUACCCUGCUCGUCCUGUACAUGAUGGGUGCCCACGGCGGGGAGGCUUCCUGGAUCACCCUGGAUGCAGCUUACCACUGCACCGCCGCCCUGUUUUACCUCAGCGCCUCCGUCCUGGAAGCUCUGGCCACCAUCAUAAUGCACGAUGGCUUCAUGUACAAGUACUACCAUGAAAACAUCUCCGCUGUGGUGUUUUCCUACGUAGCUACUCUGCUGUACGUGGUCCAUGCCGUGUUUUCUUUAAUCCGAUGGAAGUCUUCAUAAAGCAGAGGAGGAAGAACUGUAGCUGAACACCCAGACGGUGUUAAUUGAUCAGCCCACCUUCCAGCAUAACUUUUUAGAAUGCAGGCAUGCUGUCCGUGGUGGAAAAAAGAAAACAAACCAAAAAAAAAAAAAAAACCAACUCUGUUUCUUGUGGGUGUUAUGUUUACUGUCCCAUAGACCUUCAUGUCAAGAUUGGGGGCCAGCUACCUAUAACCUCAAAUGACAGCUGUCUUUCUUGGGUUAUUUCCUGCUUUGGGGGACGGGCAUGGUGGGGUGGGAAGUGGGGGCUGUGGUCUGAGAGACCACGAAAUGAAGACGCCCUGCUGACCUCUGGAUGGAUCUUGAGAACUUUUGGAAUUUUUCACGGGCUGUCUGAGCACCCAUCUCCUGGCAUGUUUCUAAGUCAUCAUGGAGGUUCUGCCCAUCAGGGGGAGUAAAACCCACCCAACGAAUAUGUCCACGGUGGAAGGUGAUAAACCUUUGAGACACUUUAUAAAGUACCUUUAUGUUCAGUA